CAAAGAAGAAGAGGAGGAGAGAGCAGUCAAAGAAGAAGAGGAGGAGAGAGCAGUCAAAGAAGAAGAGGAGAACAGGGAUGUGUCUGCUCCAGAUCUAGAGGAAGAGGAGGAAAAAGUAGAUAGUAUCAGUGACCCAGGUAAGUUCAGGUGUGGAGUACGGAGAGAGGUUGGUGCCUUGGAUCUAGAGGAAGAAGUAGAUAGUAUCAGUGACCCAGGUAAGUUCAGGUGUGGAGUACGGAGAGAGGUUGGUGACUUGGAUCUAGAGGAAGAAGUAGAUAGUAUCAGUGACCCAGGUAAGUUCAGGUGUGGAGUACGGAGAGAGGUUGGUGCCUUGGAUCUAGAGGAAGAAGUAGAUAGUAUCAGUGACCCAGGAGAGAGCUCCAAUCCAGGCUCAGACAGCGAUCCCAGUACCACAGCAUCAGGAAACCAUAAACAACACAGACAGAGGAACUCAAGACAGAAACAUCACCACUGCAUGGACUGCUUCACUAGUUUCUAUGAGCCAGAGGAGUUGAAAAGGCACACUUGUAGACCCCGCACCUGCUCAGAUUGCAUAGGCAGUUUUAUUUGUCCAAUUCACUUCAAAUCACACCAACAAACUCUCAAAAGAAAGAAAACAUAUCCAUGUGGUCAUUGUGAGAAGAGUUUUCAGACCCCAAGCAGCUUGAAGACGCACCAGCUUAGUCACACAGGAAAGAAGACGUACCACUGCUUUCAGUGUGGGAAGAGGUUCUGUCGUGUAGACACCUUAAAGGCUCACCAGAGAAUACACACAGGGGAGAAGCCUUUUCACUGCUCCCAGUGUGGAAAGAGCUUCAGUGAUAAAGGAAAUCGAAAUAAACACAGGAGAAUACACACAGGAGAGAAGACUUACCACUGCUCUGAGUGCGGGAAAAGUUUCAGUCAGUUAUCACAUUUAAAACCACACCAGCUAACUCACACAGGAGAGAAGCCUUUUAACUGCUCUCAGUGUGGGAAGGGUUUCAGUCUGUCAUCAUAUCUGAAGAAGCACCAGCUAACGCACACAGAAGAGAAACCAUACAGCUGUGAUCAUUGUAGGAAGAGUUUUAAAUUGGAAGGAAUCCUUAAGCGUCAUCAGAGAAUACACAGUGGAGAGAAGACUUACCACUGCUCUGAGUGUGGGAAGUGUUUCAGUUUGUCAUCAUAUCUGAAGAGACACCAGCUAACUCACACAGGAUUAAAGUCACACCACACAGGAAUAAAGUCACACCACUGCUCCCAAUGUGGGAAGAGCUUCAGUAAGAAAGGUGACCUAAAGAAACAUCAGAGAAUACACACAGGGGAGAAGCCUUUCCACUGCUCCCAAUGUGGGAAGAGCUUCAAUGAGAAAGGAAAUCUAAAGCAACACCAGAGAAAACACUCAGGAGAGAAGCCUUUCCACUGUUCCCAAUGUGGAAAAAGCUUCAGUUGGGUAAUAGACUUAAAGAAACAUCAGAGAGUACACAAAGAGGAGAAGCCUUUCCACUGCUCCCAAUGUGGGAAGAGCUUCAAUGAGAAAGGAAAUCUAAAGCAACACCAGAGAAAACACUCAGGAGAGAAACCGUACAGCUGUGAUCAGUGUGGGAAUUGCUUUAAAUGGAAACAAAGCCUGCAGGAACAUCAGAAGGCAAAGCACAGUGCAGUGCCCAACACUGACCUUAUAAUGGUGUUGCCAAGCUGGGCAACUACAUCUAAUUAAUAUUGACACUAACCAGGUUUCCAUCAAAUCUUUUUUUGCGAGUAAAGUACUUCGGAUAAAAAAUGUAAUGAAAGGCCUGAAAAUUUGUCUGUAAACUUUUCAAAUGUCAGCAAAACAAAAUACGCUAGACAAGGUGGGAUCUUUUUUGUGUCAGUAAAAUGUAUUAUGUGAGAAAUGUUGGUGGAAACGCAUAUUUUUUUUUGCACUAAUAUUGAUAUAGUAACCAUCAUAUCGAAGUAAACUUGGAGUCACGCAAUGACGUGUAAUCCUCCCACUACGACUCGUCG